AUUCUAUGUCUAUUUAAUUAUUCGUCACAAAAUUUAUUUCAAGAUUUUGUCAUUUGUUGUUGUAUAGAGUAAAUCAAACCUCCCCAAAGAAAGAACACUUAAGAUUUUGUGAUAAUGACGUGGCACAUUAUAGUAGCAAGACCACGUUAAUUUACAAUGCACUCCACUACAUAUGAACAUACGCCACGCGCUUUAGUUUUAUCUUUUUCCCAUUCCUCCAACUUUACUCCACUGACACACCCUUUUAAUUGAAAAUCUUGAAUCACACAACUACAUAAGUAUACCAUUUCUCAUUCUUCUUCUUCUAUUCUCUAUCUUCAAUCUUCAUCCUUCACUAUGGCUUCAAGAGGAGCUUUUUUGUUGUUUUUGUGUGUUCUUCCAGCGAUGGUUAUGGCCAUUCGCCCAGCCAAGAACCCUUUCUGUUUGAAGGGUCGUGUUGUAUGUGACCCUUGCCGUGCUGGUUAUGAAACUUCCGCUAUCACUCACAUUGCUGGUGCUGAUGUUAUGCUGGUAUGCAAGCAAAGGAUCACCAACGAAGUUGUGUUCACAAAGCCAGGGAAGACUGAUGCAACUGGAGAAUAUACAAUCUAUGUGGAUCAAGAUCGCGCCGAUGAUGUGUGUGAUGUGCAGCUAAUAAACAGUCCUGAGCGUAGUUGCAGCGAAAAAGCACCUGGACGUGACCAAGCACGCGUUAUUCUCACCCGUUACAACGGCAUUUCCUCUAAUGACAGGUUUGCCAAUGCUAUGUUAUACAUGGCAGAGGAGGUUGCUUCUGGCUGUGCUGAAGUCCUCAAGCAAAUGCAGGAAUUGGAUGAAGAGAAUUAAUUAAUUAAUUAAUUCCUAGUUUAUUUACCUUGGAUUUGGGUUUCCUAAUGUCUGUCUAUUUGAUUCAAUCUUGAUGAUGGAGUGUUAACUCAACUAUCAGUUUAUAUAUAUAUGUUAUUGGACCAUGCUAAAUUAUAUUAUUUGUUGAGGAUCAUGUGUCUUGGAGUAGAAGAUUAGUCUCAGUUCUGUUGCUGUGGUAUUAAGUACUAUGUUUUUAUUAUAUAUUGAAUUCUUUCAUAUGAUGGUUUUCGUUCUGUGGAUGGCUUUUAUUUUUCAAGAAUGAUGAUUUGUUGCA